CCAUCAUCACCAUUAAAGAAGAGAGCGCUAAACGAGAGAGCGGUGCAAUUGCAACUUGUCAUCACUGAGCUGCUGCACCAGUCACCAGCAGCACACAUUCAAACGCUGCAACAAGAUCACAACAAAAACAUUUCCGAGCAACUGCUUGGAAAACCCCCGGAGAACCUGAUCGUCUCAGUCUUUGAGCAACAGCUACGGACUCAAGAUCGUUGUCUUCGUCGUCGUCGUCGUAGUAGUCGUUACUUGACUGCACUUUUUCCAUCUUCUGAUUCUACUUCGAUCUGUCAUCGCUAUCGGAAUUGUACGCGAGAGAAGAGCAACAUCCGUAAAAAUAUGACGGCGCAAGUAUUGUCAAUACCGCGGGAUUUUACAGAUAACAAAGGAAAAGAAGAAACUCCCUUUGGACUAACCGGAGCGUCAGUGUCAGUGUCGUACCAUACGGAAGUCGCCCGGCUGGAAUCAUUUCGAAACUGGACGGUUCCCUUCAUCAGCAAGGCUGAGCUAGCCCGUUACGGCUUUUACUAUGUUGGGCCAAACGAUAUGGUUAAAUGUUACUUCUGUCGAGUGGAAAUCGGACUAUGGGAGCCAAACGAUAACGUUCUUUCGGAACACCUAAGAUGGUCACCAUAUUGUGCACUACUGCGUAAGCGGCAAACAAACAAUGUUCCAAUCGAUGCCAGCUUUCUGGAUCAGCUGCCGGAACCGAGCUACGAUACCUGUGGUAUUAGGAUACGGGAAAAUUCCGUGGCUGAAAAUGCAUACUCUUCGAGCAGUAGUGGAUCCCUAUCGUCUCCACCUAGCUCCCUUACGUCCGACUCCAGUAUGUUAUCCAAUGGCCCUAUCGCCCAACAGCUUGCAUCACCCGCGCUGCCACAGCAAAAACGGCCGGAAUAUCCCAACUAUGCCAUCGAGGCAAAGCGAUUGGAAAGCUACGAAGAUUGGCCAAAAUUCAUGAAACAGAAGCCCAAGGAACUGAGUGAUGCCGGAUUUUUCUACACUGGCAAAAGCGAUCGAGUCAAGUGCUUCAGCUGCGGUGGCGGUCUUAAAGACUGGGAAGCUGAAGACGAACCAUGGGAACAACAUGGCAUGUGGUAUAGUAACUGUGAGUACCUGAAACUAAUGAAAGGCGAAGAGUACAUUGUCCAAUGUCUGGCCAAGAAGGAUAACCCUUCUCCUUCUGAACAAGGCUCUGAUGUUGGUCCGUCGAAUUCGCCUCAACCAUCAACGUCCGGAGUAACAUCCGUCGCAACAACCUCGCUCCCAUCGUCCCAAUCAUCCAGUCUGAGUGCUUCGGCCGAAGAAGUCAAUUCCUUAGUCGGUGGCAGUAGUAGUAGUAUGGAGGAGGAUGAAGAUGAACCAAAUCGUAAAUUAGACACGAGUCGGACGUGCAAGAUUUGCUAUGUCAACGAAUACAAUACCGCUUUCUCGCCCUGUGGACAUGUAGUGGCGUGUGCGAAAUGCGCUUCUUCGGUCACCAAGUGUCCGCUCUGUCGGAAACCGUUCACCAAUGUGAUGAGGAUUUAUUUGAUGUGAAAGGUGUAUCAGAAAUA